AUGCCUGCAAAGCCGGUUACUGUUAGUCUUGAGGACUUGAAGAAUGGCAACGUCUCAUUUUCCACACUACAGGACGCAUUUGGACCCGAAUCAUUGGGUAUUAUCAUCGUCAAUGGCGUUUCACCGGAAUUUGUCCAGUUAAGACAUCGACUACUCUCCUACGCUUCAUACGUUGGAAAUCUUCCCCAGUUCAAGUUAGACAAGAUCGAAAACCCAGCUUCAAAAUAUCUCACGGGCUGGUCUCGUGGCAAAGAAACGCUCAAGAACGGCCAAAUUGAUACCCAUAAGGGAUCAUACUACGCCAACUGCGCCUUCUACGUUGACCCGUCCCUCUCUUGCGCCAAACCCACUCCGGAAUUCUCAUCAGAGAAUUUCCCAGAGUAUCUAAGCCCUAACAUUUGGCCUGGAGGUAGGACCAUUCCCGGUUUCAGGGAGACUUUUGAGGAACUUUGCAGUCUAAUCAUUGAUACUGCUGUCCUCGUUGCUAAAGUAUGUGACACUUAUGCAGAGAAGGAAAUCCCGGGAUAUAAGCCCGGAUAUCUCGAGCAUGUCGUCAAGACUUCAACAACUACCAAAGCCCGAUUGCUCCAUUAUUUCCCCGCGGAACCUCGGGAUACCGGUUCCACGGAAGAAGAAAAUGAUGAUGAUUGGUGUGCAACGCAUCUUGACCAUGGAUGCUUAACGGGCCUAACAUCAGCAAUGUUCAUUAAUGAGACGCGGCAAAUUCCUGCAAUACCGAUGAGCUAUUCCUACAACCCCAGCUACCUUCCUACGCUCGCCGAGCUUGACGCAUCGCCAGACCCAAAGGCUGGUCUUUACAUCCAAUCCCGCAGCGGGGAGACAGUCCAAGUCAAAAUUCCGCGCGACUGCAUUGCCUUCCAAACUGGUGAGGCACUUCAGCGAAUUACGAGAGGACUAUUCAGAGCCGUGCCCCAUUUUGUCAGAGGUGUCAGGCCUAGUAUCGCAGGUGCGGAGAAUGAGGGUGGCAAGAUUGCGAGGAAUACACUGGCAGUUUUCACACAGCCGAAUUUGGAGGACGUCGUUGAUGUAGAGAAGAAUAUCACAUUUGGGGAGUUUGCGAGAGGGAUUGUUGAGAAGAAUACAGCCACGUAA